AGUUUGCGAAGGCGAAGAAAAUUGUUUAUCCCCUAGUCCAUGUAAAAGGCGUGAAGAUGGCCCAGGAAUUUGUUAUACCGUUGUCACGGGAUGACUUGCUCAAUAAAACAGCUGUGAAUCAAUUCACUGUGGAAGAGAUCCUUCCACUAAGACUGAUUCCUGGGGCUCUGCAAGAUAUUAAGAGCGCUCUCCGAUCUCCUAAAGCAUCUGUUGCGGUUGAUCAUUUUGAUACAUGGUUUAGUGUAUUGUGCUUGCAAAAAGAUGUCAGCCCAGAUCUUAAGGAAGAUGCCUGGAAUUCUGUUGUCAAAGUGUCCAUUGUUCAUUCUAAUGAGCUGAUGGUAGAACUGGAAGGCCCGCACAUCUCUGUAGCCUCUCGUGAGCAGCAUCUCCUCAUACUGAAGGCCACAAUGUAUCUCUUGUGUCAGUAUAUGGAGAUGUUUGAAGCGGAGGACACCAAACCUGGCACAAGUGUCGCUGGGCCAAAGGGCAGAGGAAAGAAAAAACAGCCGAGUGACAGCAUGUCCAUCAACUGGGAGAUAGAGCGCGAGCGUGGAGUGCAGGUGCUGUUGCGAACAGUGCAACUGCCAUUAUGUCGACUUUGGGACCCUCCUAUCCCAGAGGAGGAGUUUGUCAACAUGAUUACCUGUUGCUGUUACAAGCUGCUGGAAAACACCAUGAUUAGUCGUAACAAGGACACUCGAGACGUGAUUAUCCGGGUGCUCGCUGUUAUGGUGAAGAAAUACAAUCACUCGCUGGGAGCGAGCCUGAAGAUAAUCCAGUUACUGCAGCACUUUGAACACUUGGUUGUCCCGCUGGCCCAGGCAGUAGAACUCAUCUCCACAGAGUAUGGAGUAAAGACUGUGGUGGCAGAGAUCAUGAGAGAAAUAGGUCGAAUGGACCCCAAGGACUUGGUGAGAGACACAUCAGGCACACGGUCGUACGCCAGCUUCCUUGUGGAGAUAGCUGAGCGGGUGCCAGCCGUUGUGUUGACAAGUAUCAGCGUCAUCCUCAGACACCUGGAGGGUGAGUCUUAUUCAAUGAGGAAUGGUGUAUUGGGUGCUAUGGGCGAGAUCCUCAUCAAAGUCCUCUCCAAAGAUGACCUGGACAACAAACAGAAACUCACACGAGAUCAGAUCCUGGAUAAACUGGAGGAUCACAUUCAUGAUGUCCAUGCCUUUGUCAGGAGUAAGGUCUUACAGAUAUGGCUGAGAGUGGUCAAUGAGAAGUGCUUGCCAUUGAUGCGCCAAGAGAACCUGGUGAAUCUUGUGAUUGGUCGGCUCCAGGACAAGUCCUGUCAGGUCCGGAAACAGGCCAUACAGCUGAUCACCACCCUUCUGCAGAGCAACCCUUUUGCAGCAAAGCUGCCAUUGGAAGAGUUACAGCUGAGCUAUGAGAAGGAGAAGAGUAAGCUAGAGGAGAUGAUGCCAGAGCCAGUAUCCCCAUCACCAGAUGACACCUUAACAGAGCAGACAACUUCCAGCUGGAAAACCAUUGCCACCAAACUGGAGAACUACUUAAAGGUAGAUAACAAUGAUGAUGGACCCACUGAGGAAAGUGAACCUUCAGAUGAAGAGGACGAGGCAGAUCUGAUUACUGAGGACGACACACCUGUGAGUGUUGCAGAGAAAUUGUGUGUUUUGCUGGAUGGAGAAGAAUUCAAGAAAGUGCUAUCUCUACUAGAGGCUGCCCAGGAGGCUUGGCCUGACCACCCAUACUACCAUGGCAACUGUCAAUCUUCUGAAGAGCCAGAAGAUGAGGCUGAAAGCCAGACUGAGGACACUCCUCAUACUAAGAAUAUCCUGUCCACUCUCCAGAAAGUAUUUGUGGAUUAUAAGAAGUCUCGUCUCAUGUCUGCCUCGGAUGUUGUGCAGCACCAGGAGGAAGUGGCGCGUCGUGCCUCUGAGAGCGGAGUGGUCAAUGAGCUCACCAAGCAACAAGUGCUCGUCCAGUACCUUAAGGACUCGAUGACGUUUGCAGCUCAGGUUCAGAAGUCAAUCCCGUUACUCUGUCAGCUUCUCACUUCCAAGACCACCUCAGAUGUUCUGGAAACCAUCCAUUUUUAUGUGACAGCGUUCGAGUUUGGAGUGAACAACGCCAUCAUCGGAGUGCGCAAAAUGCUCGUACUGAUCUUCUCCAAGGAAGCCUCUGUCAAAGAAGCAGUUGUGUCAGCUUACAAACGACUCUAUUUGACCCCUCAGGCUGGUAAUGUCAGGGCAAAGGCGCUAAGCAUUGUGAAGAACCUGACAGCACUGACACAUGGGGCAACAGCUGGAGACAUCACCUCACUGGCAGAAUUGAUGUGCGAGUUUUACCGCUCCGGUGAAGUGGAUGGUCAUGUGAUCCAACUUCUUUGGGAGAGGUUCACACUCAAGCAGACGACAACGAUGGUUGAGGAAAGUCGUGCAGCCCUGGUGCUGCUCUCCAUGAUUGCAGGGGCAGAGACAGAGAUUGUGAAGAGCAACAUCGAUGUGCUGGUGAAGGAAGGGCUGGGACCCCGGGCAGAGACUGACUUCCAGCUGGCCAGGGACACAUGUUUGGUGCUCCUAAAACUAAGGUCAUCUGAAAAGCUAAAAGGAGCAGUUUCCAAGGAGCCAUUCAGACUACAGAAAGAUCAUGAGAUGUUUAAGCGUUUAGCUGAUAUUCUGGUAGGAGGUAUGUCUAACCUGGAGAACCCCUACUGGAUCCCCAUGGCAGAACAAGCUGUCAAUGUGAUCUACCGGCUAGGUGAACAUCCAGACACUAUCUGCUCAGACAUCAUAAAGAGGCUAGCAGGGGAGAUAAUCAGUGCAUCCAAGACAGAGACCAGCGCUGAUUUUACAGUUGAAGCAGAUAACAACAAUGAUGAUCAACAGCCAAGUGCUGAGCCCACACAAGAUCAGGCUGGGAACGGAGUGAGCUCCCAUGAUCCUCCUACUGUAGGCUGCCCGGCUGGCUUUCUGACUCGCCUGCUGUCGCUUGCUGGUCAUGUGGCCUUCCGUCAGCUCGUCUACCUGGAUUGUGACCUGUUCGGGGAACUCAAGCGCCGUCAUGCCGUACAAGAAGAGAAGAAAGAGAGAAAAGCUGGACGAAAAUCUCCUGCUGGCGCUGUGCUUGAAACCCCAGCCACCUGCAACAGGUCAAAGGACAACACACGAGAGGGAAUUGAGGAAGAGCUAGGCCUGACAGGUGCAGUGGCUGAAGAUGCUGAGGCUGAUUACAUCAGGAAAAUCUGUGAGCAGGAUGUUGUCACAGGUCUAAGCCUGUUAGCGGCUUUACGCCCCUUGCUGGUGUGUGUGUGUACAAACCAGGCCAAGUAUCCUGACCCCCAGCUGAGAACGGCAGCCUGUCUCGCCCUUGCCAAGUUCAUGAUGGUUAGUUCUGAAUUCUGUGAAACCCAUCUACAGUUACUGUUCACCAUCCUAGAGAAGUCCAAGAACCCAGUGAUUCGGGCAAACACAAUAAUAGCCUUGGGAGACAUGACCUUCCGUUUCCCCAACCUAAUAGAGCCAUGGACUCCUCAUCUCUACGCCAGGUUGGGCGACCCCUCCACUCAAGUGAGGAAGACCACGCUGCAGGUGCUCUCUCACCUGAUCCUUAACGACAUGGUCAAGGUCAAAGGUCAGAUCAGCGAGCUGGCCACAUGUAUUGUUGAUGAUAAUGAAAAGAUCUGUGGACUCGCUAAACUCUUCUUCAGCGAACUCUCCAAAAAGGGUAACGCUGUGUAUAACAUAAUGCCUGAUGUGAUCAGCCGUCUAUCAGACCCUGACAUUGGGGUGGAUGAAGAGCUCUUUAGAACCAUCAUGAGGUACCUGUUCUCAUUCAUCCAGAAGGACAAGCACUGUGAGAGUUUGGUGGAGAAGCUGUGUCACAGGUUCAGACCCACAAGGACGGAGCGUCAGUGGCGAGACCUGUCCUUCUGCCUCUCGUUGUUGUCGUACAGUGAGAAGGGACUAAGAAAGCUUCAAGAGAACUUCGCGUGUUAUGCUGAUAAGCUGGCUGAUGACACUGUCUAUGAGUGUUUCUCUUCAAUCCUGGCCAAUGCCAAGAAGGGCUUCUCCAAACCAGAGGCAAAGGCAGCAGCUGAGGAGCUGGAGGAGCGUGUAGAACAGUGUCACAGAAAAGGUCUGGAGGAAGAUGAAGUGGCCGAGAAAGCCAGUCAAGCCUCGGAGGCGGCAAGCAGGAAAUCCAGGGGGAAGAAAACUCCGGCCAAAGGCAGGAAAGCAGGUGGAAAGGCGGGUCGGCGAUCAACUCGUAAAAAGCAAUUUGUGGACAGUGAGGAGGACGAAGAGGACAAUCAGUCAGAAGAGAGCGAGGUAGAGGAGCGUGCUCAGCCAAAGAGAGGUGGGCGGAAGACCAAGCCCGUGCUGUUUGAUUCUGAUGAGGAGAGCGAUCUAGAACUGUUUGAAGUGGACAAGUCCUUGAGAAAUUCUGAUGCCGAGAAUGAGCCACAGACAGAUGCUGUUGACAAGACAGGUGAUUCUCGCAGCCUUACAGAGACCCCCAAGUCACACAGGAGGGGACAGGGGUCAGCCAAAACACACAUGUCUGGCAGGAAGACACGGAUGAGGCCUUUACAGAAUCUCAACUCGCCGGCGUAGCAAAUUUCCAAUAGUGUAUCUCAUGAGCUUUGUUGGUUUUUUUUUAUGAACUUUAACCCUCUUCAUCUUAGACUGUAGAUGGCUUCACACGCUAUACUUCAACCAUCCUCUAGCCUAACUUGCUAGCAAGCUCUGAGAGACUGACUUGCUAGCAAGCCCUGAAGGCCAAACUUGCUAGCAAGCUCUGAACGCCUAACUUGCUGUCAAGCUCUGAAAGCCAAACUUGCUAGCCAGUUCUGAAAACCUAACUUGCUAGUAAGCUCUGAAUGCCUAACUUGCUCGCAAGCUGUGAAAUCCUAACUUAAUAUGCUUGGGUUGUCCUCUUGCUAAAAGCUCUUAAGGCUAAACUUCCUAUACUUUUCUUAUGCUAUCUUGCUAGUAAGCUCUGUAGAUGGUAUAUCCUGCUCUGUUAUUUUGUGAACUUACUGUCCAUGUCCAUUCUGUGUCCAAGUACCAUUUCUUUGUCAAUCUGUGUAUCACCCUAUCACCACAUGUCACAUCAUCACAUUGUUUUGUUUAUUGUUUUGAAUCUGGAUGACAUACCAGGUCUAUUAAACCCUUCCUAAUAAAUCGGUCUAGUGUUACUGUAGAAGUCGCCAGAUUUUAACCUUGUUACAUACAUAUAACUGAUACAGAAUAAACUGACACUUCAUAAAUUCUGCGUGUUUGGUGUGGUGUUUGCCAAAGGAUUGUACAACUGUCAUGCUUGUAUUUA